CUCUGGACCCAUCGAUCGUCCGGCACGAUAAACGAGCAGCCGUAAGCCUAUCUGGUUAAGAAGUAGAGGGGGACAUAGCUCUUUAUGGUUUACGGCGGGGUAGGGUAUCCUGGCGGCCGCAUCUAAGGUUGUUGGUAUUUGGAUUCAUAAAAAAGCGAGCGAGCGUCGAGCUACGGGUUUAAGGGGAUGGAUCAUAGAUCUUAGACCGGCUUUUGUUGAUGAGGGUUGCUUGCCCCUCUUUCACUCUCUAGACAAUAUUGUAUAUAUAAUUAUCUGUGCAAUUUGAUAUAAACCCCCUCACUUCAGGUACCAACCUUCAGACAAUACCGUCAUUGAAACGAAACGAGAAUCAAGCAGUGAGGUCAUCGACCCCUCCAUCCAUCCAUCCAUCCGUCCAGAUGGAAGCAAUCGAACGUUUCCUCUCCCGCCCAACCGCCAAACCAUACCGUUCCCACGCCCUCGAACGUACCACCAAACCCUUUCUCAACGAGAACGGCCACCUCGACUUUGCCCCCAACGACAUCGAGAACCCCAAGAACUGGUCCGCCCCGCGAAGAUGGUACAUCACCGUCGUCUCCGUCCUGCUCGUCGUGAACGCCACCUUCGCCUCCUCCAGCCCCUCCGGAUGCCUCGACGGCAUCGCUUUGCAUUUCGGGGUCUCUGAGGAAGCGGCCGGCUUGGUGAUCACGCUGUUCUUGCUGGGGUAUUGUUUCGGGCCGCUGUUCUGGGCGCCGUUGUCCGAGUUCUUUGGCCGGAGGUAUAUUUUCUAUGUCUCUUUUACGUUGUACCUAGCGUUCAACUUCCUGUGUGCGUUUGCGAAUAAUUUCGCGCCGUUGUUGGUGGGGAGAUUUCUGACGGGGACGUUCGCCAGCUCGCCGCUAUCUAAUGCUCCUGGGGUGUUAGCGGAUAUCUGGGGGCCGGUAGAGAGGGGCAAUGCGAUGUCGUUGUUUGCUAUGAUGACUUUUAUGGGGCCGGCUUUGGGACCUGUGAUUUCGGGGUUUUUGGAGUUGAAGGAAGAUUGGAGGUGGAAUUUCUAUGUGUUGCUCUGGCUUGGAGGGAUCUCGGAGCUCUUGAUGUUCACGAUUCCCGAAACGCUACCUCCGAUUGUGUUGAUGAAUAAGGCUAAACGGCUAAGGAAGUUAAAGAUUCCUGGCUAUGAGGAUGUGAAGGCUCCGGUAGAAGCUACGGAUCGCUCGUUGGGGGGCAUUUUCAAAGUUGCGCUUACGAGACCGUGGAAAAUCCUCAUCGAUCCAAUUUCGCUCUUCGUCGCUAUAUAUCUUUCUGUUGUAUACACUCUUCUUUACAUGUUAUUUACGAUUUAUCCGAUCGUGUUCCAACAAAAAAGAGGUUGGAAUUCUGGUGUUGGGGAGCUGCCUCUAAUUGGCACAGUCCUUGGUGCUGGAAUCGGAGGCAUGCUCAUCUUCGUCAACUCUGCCAGAGACAGAAAGAAGUUGGAAGCUGGUCACAAGGGUACACCUGAGGACAGACUACCUGUCGCCAUGGUUGGAGGUGUUCUCUUUCCAAUCACCAUGUUCUGGUUCGCUUGGUCAGCGGAAUAUGAUAGUAUACCAUGGAUUGUCCCAACACUAGCUGGAGUUUUCCUCUCGACCUCUAUUCUGCUAAUUUUCGUGGCGUACCUCAACUACCUAACGGAUACAUAUUUAAUGUUCGCAGCUAGUGCUUUGGCUGCCAAUACUGUGUGUCGUUCUGGGUGUGGUGCUGCAGCUCCGUUAUUCACACAGUACAUGUUCGAUGCCUUGGGAGUUGGCGGAGGUGGCUCACUGAUCGGAGGUGUUGCAACAUUGCUUGCUCCUAUCCCAUUUAUCUUCUACAAGUAUGGUGGACCGAUUCGAGAAAGAUCGAAAUUUGCUCCAACGCCUUCGUCAAAAUCCGGCGUUCAACAGGUGGUACCAAGAGAGCAAAACGUAAAUCAUCCUUCCUCGAGUACUUUGGAUACCUCGGAAGACUCGGACACGUAUUCGAGGGAAGGUGGGGGCAUUGACCGAGUUGCAAGACCGAAUGAUACGAGAGAGACGGAUAUUGGGCAGCUCGAGGGCUUGAGAGAGGUUGAUCCAGAGAAGGACAUGCUUCCAGGACCAAGAGAGGAUGAUCCCGAAAAGGAUCUUGAGAAGGGGAGGCAUAAGUGGCUCUAUCAAUAUCAAUUGCAUUAACGGCGUUUGGGGAAAGUAUGAGCGUCUCUAGGAUAAUGUCGGGAAUCUGAGCACUGUAGAUAUCAGGUUUAGACAAG